AUGCUAUACUACAAUACAGAGAAAGAGAGGCACUUCGGUCCCUUGACUCCGAAUGUGAGUCUCGCCGAACACCAGACAGAAUUUCCCCGAAUCCGCUACCCAAGGCCUUCACUCAACCGUGAAGUUCAGUGGCUACUCCCCCAGGACCCGCUGGCGGAUCUGAUGGCACGGUCCGCCGCAACACCUAACGCGCAUCCGCGUGGACUCUCCGAAGAGAACAUGCUAAAGUCCGAGUUAAUACCGCGAGGCAGCAAACUGGAUUCCCUCUCACGAGCAGGACCUGGGACCAGGGAGUACCACUAUGAGUACAAAGAGGAGAAACAUCCCACUGGAAAGUACGAUCGGAAGGACCUGCAUACUGUUGAGGAGUACACCAUUCCUAAAAAAUCAACACCGAAAAACUCCGAGAGCAACUCGUACUACUAUGAGCGGGAAGAGAGGGAGCUGCCCUCUUUUGGUACUACUGGCACCAGGACUUACAAUUAUGAGACUACCAGUAGUUCAACGCCAGGCUACUCGAAAAUCAAGUCAUCAAAGGCGACAAAGGAGCUGUCGCAGAAUGUGGAAGAACUGGACUCACUGCUAGAUGAUUUGCAGAAAGACCAAGAAAGGCAGCUUUAUAAGAGUGGCUACACUUCAGAUACAGCUGAAAGCUCUUCAUUUGACUACAAGAGAGGCACACCAAUAAAAGCGCCAUCUAGCGGCUACUCAACUUUAAAGCGCGAGGAGAGAGUGGAGACGUCCUCGUGGGGCUCCAGUCCACCCCCCACCGUCACCAGGGCCGCGGAGCUGCGCCAGGAGAUGUACCGGGAGGAAAAAACGGAGUCGCGCGUAGUACCAGCACCAGUGACCACAACGACUCUUCAGCUACCGUCCACCACCACUUGCCACCAUUGUCAUCAGAACACCGGCACUCUCUCUCGCUCGAGCACGCCAAUGAAUAAAGUGACGACGACAGUGAAGACGUACACGUACGAGGUCCCUGCCGACCAAGACCCGACGACGGUGCCGCUGCCGCCGCUGGCUGACCACGAGCAUACUUAUGUCAGCUCACACGAGAAUCUGCGCUCUACAACAAAUACAUCGAAGAUACCACCAUCUCCUUCCCCAGGAGGCUGCCAGUACUGUUCCCACUGCAACUCGCGCAUCCGCGAGUACAGACACGUCACCACUACAGAUUCUGAUCACACGAACGAACGCAUUAUCUACCCGAAACCUGCCAACGAGACGAAGCUGAUCCCCGUCAAUGACUCGCUCAAUGGACACGGCCCACACGGUCCGACCUCGUACAAGUACUCAGAAACAACUUACUCGUCCCAAAACACGACAGAGCGCUACCCUCCCGCGGGCGCCCCAUUCCCACGCCCUACCACACCCUCACCAUCCACGCAGCAGCCGCCUAAGAAGUUGGAUGAUUUGUUGGCCGACUUCCCUGAAGCUCGGUUCCCGACGCAGCCGGACGGGCUGUCGCAGCGCUCGCACAGGGUGGAGGUGUCGCACGAGCGCGCGGCCAACAGCGCCCCGAAGCCGGCGCCGGCCACGCCCACGCGCAACGCCGCCGGCCCCGCCGUCUACUACCCGCCCGGGCACGUUCCCUUCCAGAAGAAGGAGGCCGCCGGGUACCAGGCCAGCGCAAUGCAAGGCGGCGGCGCGUACGCAUCAGGGCGAGGAAUGUACGAGUACGAGUCCGGUUCUAAAAGCAAAGAGAAGCACUCCGAGAAGAAAACCGCCGUGCCUCUCUGUCUGCCCCUCUGCUGCGCCAUGCCUUGCGUCAUCUUGUAACGCUAUUGCGGUAUAACCGUGACGUCAUAGUGAAUAGGGACAUUGUAACUUGGUAUACAUAUAUAGGGUGUUAAGGAAAACGUUAAUUCCAGAGGUGGAUUCAAGCAAUAUUGCAAUAUGCUAGAUAAGCACACCUGGGCCCCGAUUCAGAAUUUUUCGAUAUUUUAACCGAUUGGAUAUCAUUCUCGAAUCGAAGGGCGCUUUCCGAACUAUUCAGAACAUUUGAGUUAAAUGUUAGUUUCGGGUUCGGAUACGAUAUUGUUAUCCAACAGCGUUUACGGAGUCAGUCGGUGAAAUAGAUUAUAAGAAAAAUGAAAAUCCUUUUCAUAGAUUUUUAAGACUUUAAAGGC